AACUUUAUAGUGCGUGGUUCGAGCCAACCAAAUACAAUGGCCGUUUCAGUGCGUCUACCACCAGACACUGGACCUUACAUCGAACACUAUCUAAUACAAUCAAAUGAUGGCAUUUUAAGUUUAGAGAGUUCACGUUUUAAGUUUGAUUCAAUUCCUGCAUUAAUUGCACACUAUGCCCAGUGCUGCGAUGAACUUCCAGUUCAGCUUGUACUGCCACGUGCAUUACGUGAGGCCAAAAAUCGUCAACAAUUAUCGUCACUUGCUUUGUUGGGACAAGAAUUUUGGCGUUAUCCCAUGUCAUGCCCAAAACCAACCGAAACAGAGGCUAUUCUACUCGAUGCGAAAUCACCAAAUUCCUUAACUGAAACUAGCGGUCUGGGUGCAACUGUAUUCAGCAACUCAGCAGGCUCAAACUGCGUGCAGCAAACCGCAAAAGUCUUCAGUCCAACAAAUAAUGUAAAUGGUCUAUUCAGUCAAGCUGGCACACCUUCGGAUACAACAUCGAGCAUGAGUUCUUUCACUACAUCUGGUGGUCAACAUAUGCAACUUAUGAGUCCUGAAUCAGUAGACUCGGUAAUUUUAACCAUGUCACCGGUGGAUGUUAGUAACCAGCGUAAUGGUUUGCUUAGCAUGAGUAAUGGUACUGAAAUACCCAAUAGCGCCAAUAAUCUAAGUACGUUUAAAUCAAAUGGUACCACUCAAAUACCAUAUAAGCCGAAUAAAAAUCACAUAGAGAGUGGCAUAAGACCACAACGACCCAAACCGCCAAAUACUUUAAAUCUAGAUUUACGCAAACCACCAGCGCCACCUUUACGUUGGUCCAAACCCAUCUCGCCAAAUAGUCCAUUGCCACCGGAUCACAACAUAAAUGCAGCUAAUAACUUUACAGUUACAACUACAGUUACAUUUUCCGUAGACAAUAAGAAUUCACCACAACUGGUAGAGGUGACAACACCAGCUACACAACAUAAUCCACUCACAAGCGCGCUCAAUUCGAGCAACACUUUCCAAACGUUUGCCAAACGUCUUUCACCUGAAGGGGAGUGCAAAGACACACUCUCUUCGCAAGGCUCUUCAAGCGGCAGUCGUUGGCAGUCACAAAGUAGCAAAGAUUCAAAUAAUAGUCAACGUAAGAUUUUGUCUCCAUGCUCAGCCGGUACGCCAACAAGCGCACAUGGUGGUGGUAAGUCACGUAAAUCAAAAGCGCGUAAAGAAUCAAAACAUUACCAGGAAUCAGAUAUACUGGAAAGCCCACAAAUCUAUUGUCGCAGCACUUUGGUUGAUAAAAUAAGCGAUUAUGAAGAUCUUUGGUCGCAAGAACCAACUGAUCGUGUUAGCUUACUGACCAGCUUCAAACCGCCGGACGGUGUGCAAGGAAAACGACCAGAUUUACUCGCUGAAACACCGACAAUUACUUCACUUAACUCCAACAUACUGUCACCUGCUAAUUGUACCAUUUCCUCUACUAGUCCGCCACAUGCCAACGAAAAUACCGCUACACACACUGCCGAAGUAACUUCUGAUACACAACAAUUGUUGCAAUUCACAACAGAAGCUCAGCCACGUACACGAGCCGCACUUAACUUGCCAGUUAUCAUGAGUCAGUCACUUGCUGAUGAUCAACUCAAAACGGAUACCACAGAAGGUGAAAGCACACCUACUGCUCAGAUGCCAGCAUCACGCAGUAAACAAGGUAGUCCAUUCUAUGCAGAGCCAGCAGAUGCUUUACGACAGGCUGGCCUAGCCACAGCUAGCAUAUUACGCCGUUCUCAGCGUGGACCGCUCUUGCCAGCCAAUCAUAGACAUUCAGAACCACCCAAAGGAGGUUUAGCACGUACGCCAAUGUGCCCACUUUUGGUACCAGCGGAAAUCGAGAAAAUUGCUGGUAGUUUGGAUGAACUGAAGAAGAAGCAAACCCAGCAACAACAAGCACAACCGCAGCAACAACCAACGAAACGCGCACGUGGUCGUUUUGAACAGUGGCAAUUGGAUAGCAGUUGGGAGUUUAUGGGCAAGAAAGAUGAUGAAGAUGAUGAAAAUGGUGGCAACUAUGGUGACUAUGAUUCUGAGGAACAAUGGAAGCAACCACUAACACAAUCGAACCAGGAAAAAGAAAAUUCACUUGGUCGUGAAGCCAACAAGGAAAACAAACAGAAACCUAUUACUGUUCAUCAAAUUAUAGCAAAACGUUUUCCAGAUUUUAACUUACCAGAAUUAAUACGUUGCUCUACACCACAGCAGCAACAACAACAGUCAGGACAACAGACGCAACAACAAAAUGGCGUUAAACACAUGAGCGAACUGAAUGGUAGUCAAAAAUCAUUUGAUAGCCAAAACAGUUGUCGACUCUCGUCCUAUGAUAAUGUCGAGCGUAAUUUUUCAUAUUGUCAGUCGUAUUUUAAUGGCAUUGACGACUCGGCACAAUCUGAUGAUGGCACUGUAUUUUCAGAACCAUGGGACUCAUCAUUAGUAUAUGUCUAUGAAGAUAAUACACUUAAUUCGGACACAAUUCAUUUGUCAAAAUGUCGUCCUGUCGUUUCUGAAGAUGACACCAUCAUUGAAGAGCUUAGUACCAAAGAAUUAAAUCAAGAUACCUUGAAAGCCCGAAAAGGAAAUAGGCAAAAAGUAGCUACGAUAUUACGACAUCCCAGCAUCAGAGAUCGAGAAGUACUUUGUCAUCCACGUAAUAAAAUCAAUCCAUACGGCAGCGGACCCGGCGAUUCGGUGCGCUCCUACACACUGCAACUUGCACACGAUCAAAGCUCGACCUUUGCACGAAACAUUGAAAAUUUCAUAUCAUGCACUAAAGAAUCUCGUGAAGCUGCACCACAAGUGGUGAUGCGUAAUAUGCGUCAAUUUAUGAAUGGCAUGAAAAACUAUUUGGUCAAACAUGGUGAAGGUAAAUUUCAUCAAGAAGUGGAAACAGCACGCUCACGUCUUAAAUCAGAUGAAUUUCUCAAUCUGGAUGCCAUACUUGAGACUGUGAUGCAUCAAUUAGUGGUGUUGCCAUUGCGUGAACACCUCUACGGCAUGUUUGUCGAUUACUACACACGAUCCGAAGAUAUACAAUUACUGGCACAAAAUGUCAAAUAUGCCUGUGGACGUUGUGCCACUGAUUUCGGCAUACGCUCCUCUGUUGCACCACCCUCAUCAACUUCACUGCAAAUCAUAUCGAGUUUGUUGUUACGCUUGCAGGAAGCUGAAUUGCCAUUAGAUAAAUUGGAUCUGUUUUUAUGUGUGAUAUCAACGAUAUUCGAUGCAACAGGUUGUCCACGUGGUCAGCAAUUGGGUGCGGAUGAUUUCUUGCCAGUUUUGGUAUAUGUUGUGGCUAAAUGUGGUUUUGUGGGCGCUGAGAUUGAGGCUGAAUUCAUGUGGGGUCUAUUACAGCCAACAUUACUGAAUGGCGAACCGGGCUAUUACUUAACAGCACUGUGCAGUGCAGUACAUGUACUGAAGAGUUUUAUGGCAUCGGAAAAUGAAAGCGGCUCUGGAUCAUUAGAUUGGCGUUCUUCUUCUUUGCCCGCCUGUUCUUCUGUACUGCGUGUCAUCAUUCCGGAUGAAUGCAAUGGCUCUCUACAAACUCGCACACUGCCGGUACGUCCGCAUACAACAACCCGUGAAGUCUGUCGCAUAAUUGCACACAAGGCACGGAUUACAAAUCCUCAAGACUAUGCGCUCUUCAAGUUGGUCAACGGUGAAGAGACCUUGCUCAGUGAUAUUGAAUGUCCACAGGAUAUACGUUUAGCUGCCAAAGGCAAACACUGUAUGUUGGCCUACAAGCGCAUCGAUGCUAAAAUCGCUUGGCCCACAGCGACACAGUAAAGCUAAAGCUGAUUCAUUUAUAUUAUAAUUAUAAUUAAAAUUAAAAAAUAAUAAUUAUUAAAUAAGAAAUAUGUAUUUUUUAGCAUAUAAGCAAAACUCAAUCAUGACUCGAAGUUUUACUGAAUUUUGAAAUGAAUAUUUAAUAUUACUUUAAUAUAUACAUACAUAUAUCAUUUUUGCUCAUUAACAUUAAUCCACAUUAAUUUUUAAUAACAUUAAAUUUAUAUUUAAAAUGCAUUAAAUGUAUACUAAACAGUAUUGCAA